CUUCUUCUGCUCUUCGUCUCGCAUACCCGGUUCAAGCAUCCGAUCUGCGAAUUUACGUUCUAGUCAAGAACUUUUCAUCAACUCCCACACAAAACUUCAACAACCGCCAAAAUGGGUAAGGAGGAGAAGACUCACAUCAACGUCGUCGUCAUCAGCCACGUCGACUCCGGCAAGUCUACCACCACUGGUCACUUGAUCUACCAGUGCGGUGGUAUUGACAAGCGUACCAUCGAGAAGUUCGAGAAGGAAGCCGCCGAGCUCGGCAAGGGUUCUUUCAAGUAUGCGUGGGUUCUUGACAAGCUCAAGGCCGAGCGUGAGCGUGGUAUCACCAUCGACAUUGCCCUCUGGAAGUUCGAGACUCCCAAGUACUAUGUCACCGUCAUUGACGCUCCCGGUCACCGUGAUUUCAUCAAGAACAUGAUCACUGGUACUUCCCAGGCUGACUGCGCUAUCCUGAUUAUCGCUGCCGGUACUGGUGAGUUCGAGGCUGGUAUCUCCAAGGAUGGCCAGACCCGUGAGCACGCUCUGCUCGCCUACACCCUGGGUGUCAAGCAGCUCAUCGUUGCCAUCAACAAGAUGGACACUGCCAACUGGGCCGAGGCUCGUUACCUUGAGAUCAUCAAGGAGACCUCCAACUUCAUCAAGAAGGUCGGCUUCAACCCCAAGACCGUUGCCUUCGUCCCCAUCUCCGGCUUCAACGGCGACAACAUGUUGGCUGCCUCCACCAACUGCCCCUGGUACAAGGGCUGGGAGAAGGAGACCAAGGCUGGCAAGUCCACCGGCAAGACCCUUCUCGAGGCCAUUGACGCCAUUGAGCCCCCCAAGCGUCCCACAGACAAGCCCCUCCGUCUUCCCCUUCAGGAUGUUUACAAGAUCGGUGGUAUUGGAACAGUCCCUGUCGGCCGUAUCGAGACUGGUAUCCUCAAGCCCGGUAUGGUCGUUACCUUCGCUCCCUCCAACGUCACCACUGAAGUCAAGUCCGUUGAGAUGCACCACGAGCAGCUCGUCGAGGGUGUCCCCGGUGACAACGUUGGAUUCAACGUCAAGAACGUCUCCGUCAAGGAUAUCCGCCGUGGUAACGUUGCCGGUGACUCCAAGAACGACCCCCCCAUGGGUGCCGCUUCUUUCAACGCCCAGGUCAUCGUCAUGAACCACCCUGGCCAGGUCGGUGCCGGAUACGCUCCCGUCCUCGAUUGCCACACUGCCCACAUUGCCUGCAAGUUCUCUGAGCUCCUCGAGAAGAUCGACCGCCGUACCGGUAAGGCUACUGAGGCCUCCCCCAAGUUCAUCAAGUCUGGUGACUCCGCCAUCGUCAAGAUGGUUCCCUCCAAGCCCAUGUGCGUUGAGGCCUUCACCGACUACCCUCCCCUGGGUCGUUUCGCCGUCCGUGACAUGCGCCAGACCGUCGCCGUCGGUGUCAUCAAGGCCGCCAAGAAAUAAGCGAUACCCACCAUCAUCAAAACCUGAUGUUCUGGGGUCCCUCGUGAGGUUUCUCCCAGCGGGGCACCACGCGCUCACUUCUACGACGAAACGAUCAAUGUUGCUAUGCAUAUGAGUUCUCGACUAUGAAUCGAGGCACGUUAAUUGAGAGGCUGGGAAUAUGGGUUCCAUCAAAACUUCUCCGGGAAUGCAAAACAAAGGGAAAAAAAAUUUAGAUAGAAGUUCAAUUGACUGACUUCGACCACC